AUGGAGAGUGGCUCUACAAGGCAACCCACAAACGAAGGCGAAAUAGCCUGGUACGAAAACAUCAACGACCCAGAGUACAUGAAAGACCACCCAGAGUUGGAAUCUCUGAUGCCAUUCAUCCCAGCGUACCAGGGAUGGGUCGAACGGUCGUCGUAUGUUCGAUCCGAGACCCCCGCCUCAAGUCGUCGUGGAUCAAACGUGUCAUCGAGUCACAAACUAGGGGACAUGGUCCCAACGUAUGGAAAGGACGGACAGAUCGUUGGGUACAAGCCCAAUGGAGCCGACAAGUAUACCAAGUCCAUCAUCAUCUCCAACCGGACACACGGUCUUCGUGACGUAACGGUAGCAGACUUCAAGCUCGGUACCAGACUCUACGGGCCAUUGGCUUUUCCCGAGAAGCGGGCGAGACAAGAUGCAACCACUGCUCAAUGCACGAGUGGAAGCAAAGGCGUCUUGUAUGCAGGCGGCACCACCUGGCUCCCUUCACGAAAGUGCCAUGUAAUCUCCGACGACCGUUUCAGCCGCACGUUGAACGAUGAUACUCUGGCUAAUGCGGCCGCUUGCGUCUUUCCCAGCAUUCGAGACCUGGCCCUUCCCUCCGAGUAUGACGUCGCACAAGAGGAUGAACAGCCUGACCUCGACCUUGAAGAAUGCCGUGAGAAAGAACAAGAUAUGCUCAAUCGCACACGGACCGCUCUGCAGCUCCUUCCUAAUCUGAGCGAAGCUAUCCAGACCACCGGCUUGGACUACCCGGGCACUUCUGCGCUGAUCAUACACGGAAAGUUGGUAGAGGACGGAACGCCCAAAGUGAGGUUGGCGUUUGUAGACUUUGCGCAUACACAUCAACACGACGAGGAUAUGUCGCCGGAUGGGGUACUAUUUGGGAUCGAAUCGACUAUGGGUAUCUUUAGAGAGCAAGAGGCGGUUUUGGAGCGCUCGCUGGCUGCGCUGGACGAUGGUCGGAAGCCAUGGAAUGCAUGA